AUGCCACCCUCGGAGGCAUUGGUGUCGGGCCAAGGCUGGAUAUCCGAUGAGUCAAGCUUUUAUGGAGACGAUGAGACCGUCGACGCUCUGGAGAAGCGCAGCGGUUCGCUCAAUGUGUCAGAGUACUGGUCCGCUCACGAAAGCCUCGCGUCGACUAUCGCCUCCAAGGCACGUGCUCGCACGCGUCCUUCCUCGACGCUGAAUGGUGCCAAGCAAAGCGGAGAGACGGACGAGAUUGCUUACCCGAACGAUGGCGAACCGAAAUGGUAUCAAUCGUCAGAGACUGUCUCGGAAUUUUUGAAGCGCUGCCCACCGGAUACGACCGUAUUUGAGGAAACCGGUAUUGAAUGGUUCUGGGUAGACAAUCCCCACAAGCCGGCUCAAUCCAAGGACAAACCUAAUAGUGACGCAUUCGAGGAGGCAGGUAAAGGCCUGCUUGAGACUUACCGCAAGAAGAGAGAAGGCAUUGAGAAGAGCAACCCAGGCCUGAGAAAGGGUGCUGUCACGAGCAGGCUGCUCAAAGAUCGAAUCAAGCUCAAGCAACAGAUAGCCGAGCUGGCUCGCGAGACGCACGUCGUGUGCGGCAAGUGGCUGCUCUUCCCCCACUGGGACGACGUACCGAGACUCUGGAAGCAAGUUUGUUUGGCCGUACUUGAAAAUCGGCUUGGACCUUGCGCGAAGGUUGCGACAAAAAGUGCCAACAAAAACGAUCCUUGCGGCGUGAUCGUCAUCUACACUCGAGACUGUUUUGACAUUCAUGACGUCCGCCGUGUUCUCCUAGCGCUGGUGGAUCUCGGCCUAGUGUCUGACCGAGACGACGCGCGAAAAAUCUGGUACAAGAUGGAUGCGUACACUUACUUGCAACUGAAUUCUGGGAAUGAGUACAACCUACCUGCAAGCCUGUAUUCGAGCAAGGACAUGCUCAAGAGUGAAGGCUCGGCUUCGAAGCGGAAAGUGGACGAGAUGCACUCACCACAAUCGAACCCCAAGGGAAAGCAGAGGUCAAUUGCGGACAUGUUCCGUUGA